GCUUUAGACCUGCAGCUUUUAUGCCAUCACCAUUAAAAUCCAAUUUCUCCAUAUUUUUACCGCUGAUCGAUGAGCGGCGGUGACUCCCCAUCUCUCCCACCUCCCCUGGCCCUCCUCCCCGCCUCCUUUCCCCUCCCUCUCUCCCGCACGCAUGCAUUCAGACCGACAGGCUACGCGACCCCCCUCCCCCCCUUCCAUCAUUUUCCCAUCUCUUACUCACUCUCUUCCCUACAACAAACAUGGCCGCGAAAUCUGAUGGUGCACCCGUCUCUCUACGAAACGAAAUCCCACCCGAGUGUCCCCCCAGGUCGGACCCGCGGCCUCUCGAGCGCCGUCCAGCCGAGCAGCGCUACUCCCUCCCGGACUGCUGUUGGACGCUGUGCGCCCUUUUGGUCUUCUUCUCGGACGGGGCCUCAGACCUGUGGCUGGCGGCGGACUACUACCUAAGGAGGGACUACUGGUACUUUGCACUGACUCUGGUCUUUGUGAUAGUCCCGUCCUUGGUCGUUCAAGUGCUGAGCUUCCGAUGGUUCGCCUACGAUUUCUCGGAGAGCGUGGAGAGCGGCACGGCAGCGGCUGCGGUGGUGGCGGCAUCGGGAGCGGAGGAGAGCGACUUCAGCACCAAGGACAGCGGCGAGCGGGGCGCUGGCCGCACCACCGCGGCUGGGGUGCUGCCUGGGCCGGGCACCGGGGGAGGAGCCCGGGGUUGCUGCAGGGUUUUCAUGUGGCUCUUCCAGGCUAUCAUACACAUCUUUCAGCUGGCACAGGUCUGGAGGUAAGCCUGACGAUAUAUGUGAGUUAAAACUACUCAAUCUGCCUCUGCCUUUUGUGUGUGUGUUUGGUGGGUGUUUAAAUACCCCCUUGCACAUGAACCCCCAAUACCCGGCAUCCCUUCCUGCAUGAAGCCCAACACCUGGGAGGCUCUAUCUUUUAGGGAAGGCUGCACUCAAGAUGCCAGAAUUUCUUUUUGUAUUGUUUGACGUUUCUGCCCAGCUUGGAAAAAGGGAGAGGUAGACUCCACCCAUCUCCCCCCGCCCCCCUCACUAGCCCCCUGACGCGCUUUUAGGUCAAUCAUCUCUGGGGAAAAUCAUCAACACCAAUCUGCUUGUGCAGAAAGAAAAAAAAAUCCCUCAGUGUUUUGGGCUUUGGGUGAGAGGCAGCCUGACAGCAGAAGAAAACCAAUAAAUGUCAUGAGAGUAGCUUCCUAUUUGCAGUGAUGUGUGUGUGUGUGUGUGUGCACCGCCUCCCUAUCACUGUGUAGUGUAUUUUCAGUUCCUAGCUUGGGGCUCCUUCUCUUUAUGUUUGUAAAAAUCCAUAUUCUCAAAUCUCACAGCAGCUUCUGAGACUGUACGUCUGCUUCCCUUUGCCGAGCCCAAACGUGUUUAAUUAGGAGGCGGCGUGCUCUGGGAGAGGAAAACAAAGCCGUGUACACUGUGGCAUUACUCUCACAUGGAUGCUAGUGGGUCUGUAGGUCAGCUGCUCACUCUGUGAUGGGGAGGCAGUGGUGCUCAAGCCUCCAGAGCUCUGAUGGGUUUUGACAGGGUUGAACUGCUGCCAGUCAGAGGGAGGCUUUCAGCUCAACUGAGGUGGGAGGAGGGUUAGAGAAAAUACUCCAAGACAUGUAGGGAUGUCACAGAAAGAGGAAUAAUGUGUAAUGAUGAAAUUAGAUAUAAAUCAAUUCUUUGAUUUGUCUGUAGGCUUCUGUCUCUGUGGUCUCUCUCUCUCUUCCUGCCUCUUUAGAUGGCCCUAUGGGUAAUAUAUAUUGAUCCCUUAUUUCCUCCUGGAGUCUCCUCUGUGUGUGUGAGUGUGUCCAGGAGCACAUUAAAACGUUGUGGCGGCACAGAAUUACCGGUAAUGCCAUUAAAGCUGUUUUGUGCAUGCUCCAUUCAUUGUCGGUUCAGCUCUCUUACCAGCGGUGUCUGCACAUUAAGAGGAUUACCGCUGUGUGUUUCACCCUCGGCUGUUAACUCAGGAAUGAUCCGUCACUGAUACACAGAUAGUCGGGUUGAACCAAGGAUCAAUUCAGGCUGGCUGCUAGAAUUAAAUGUCAGUGCACAGGAGAAGGCAUGUGGGGUUGUGUUACAGAUACAGACACGCCAUGAAACUCUGGGUGAGUGUGUGAGUGAGUGAGUGUGUGUGUGGAUGAAUCUUUGACCCUCAUUAGUGCACGUAAAUGUGCUCUAUUUUCUCAGUGUGUUACUUCCCAAGGCACGCUUUGUAUAGCAGAAACCAGAACCUGAAAAGGGUUACAUAAACUCCCUCAUGGUUCACUGGACCUGUUGACAUGGGGCUCCUCUGACCCGUCUCCCUGAGGCUAUUACCGAGACACAUAUAGCUUUAGACCUCCAUGGCUCUGUUAAGUGUAAUCAUGAAAGUGAUGGAUGACAUCAGGUCUGUUUGAAUGAAGGGCAUGGUCAGAAAAAGUGAGAUGGGGAUUGUUAUCAUGAGAGGUCAAGACCAAAAGUUAGGGCAUCAUAUAAAACGUUGAUAGUAACAGAUUUCAAUGGUUUGUAAAUAAGUAAAACUCAGAAUUUGAUUGAAAAUGGUGCAAAAGCAACAGAAGUGUUGAAACUGAAAAUUUUUAUCAUCUUAAGAUAAUAUCAAUCAAAUCGAUCAAUCAAAUUUUAUUUAUAUAGCGCCAAUUCACAACAGUCGUCAUCCCAAGACCAAGAGCAGGUCUAGACCACACUCAUUGUUUGAUGAAUUAUCAAGACCCAACCUAAAAUGGGAUUUGGCCCAUCUCAUCUAACAUGAGUAACAGUGGCAAGAAAAAACUUCCUUUUAACAGGCAGAAACCUUGAGCAGGACCCGACUCAUGCCAGACAGGCACCAUGCUGCUGCUGGGUUUCGGAGGAAUACUAUCCUCAAAUUUGUGGCCAACUUUUGAAAAAGUUUGGGAGGAACAACAAAAAAAUGAAAAAAACGUGUAAUCUGAUGGAUUAAUUUGAUAGAGGAUGAGUUUAAUGGGAAUUAAGAUUGAAGAGGUUUACCUCUCUGUCAGAGACUGCGUUAGCAAACAGUUCAAGAGUUUUAAUGUGAUGUCCCUCUGUGUAAAACUGCAAAUCUGUGUCUACAGUUUAAUAUCUUUUUAGUUGGGAGAUUUAGGAGGGAUCUGUGCAAGAGAGACAAGGCCAAACCAACACUGAAUAGACAUGACUCUGUAGUGGAAGCCACUGCAUGGGCUUGAAAUCAAUUUAUAGUUUGUCAGUGCACCCACAAAUACAAGAUAACUUUGUUCAAUAAAUAAAGAGGAAGCCAUACAUAAACAUGAUCCAUGGUGACUUCUCUAAAACAUGAAUGUGUCACCUUUUAAAUAAUCAUUUUGAAAAUUUUAGCGAUUUAAAGUUACAAAAUCUGAUGUUUUCUUUGCUAUUUUGCCAAAUAAAUAUAGAUUGAGCUAUUUUCAAAACAUAAAAUUCUGCCUCUAUCAGUAUUCCAAAAUUUUGGGGAUUAUUGUUGUAAUUGGGCCACUUCAUGGUCACAGAGCAGCCUGAUCAGGACCAUGGGCCACUGUUUGAGUACACCAAGUAUGUUUGUAUGUAACCAGUGAUUAACACAUCAUGGAGUUCAUGAAGGAAUUCACUGUGAGCUCUUUUCUCUCUCUCUCUCUAAUCUCUAAUCUGAAGUUUAGAUUGUGGGAAUUUAUCAGGAUUUCUUUUCUCUGCAUCUCUCCUCGUGUUUCGCUCUUUCUGACUGAUUUUAUUUGAAAAGAGAUCGCAGACGAGCGCUACACUCACCCCCUCCGAUGCCCGUACUAAAAUUAAAACCACAGAGCUGCUUAGUUCAGUUUCAGUUUAAUCUAAAUCCUAGAGGAGCAGAAAGCAGCUCUUUGGCAGGAACUACUGACAGCUCCCAGAGUUUGGAAUAAUGAGUUAUGACUUCUGAGAGUCCGUGUUUGAUGUCCAAAAGUUUUUGAAGCUUAAGACCCACAAUUCUGUCCAAUCUCUUUUUUAUUUGACAAAACUUUAUUUCCUGAUGAACCUGUCUGCCUCUUAUUCCACCGUAUUACCUCGCUCUAUACUGAUGAAACCUUUAAACAGUUUUUAAUGCUGUCUUAGAAACCGUAGAGGCUCUGUACUUCUAAUUUCAUUAAACUGGCUCCACCUUUUUUUUUUUUGUUGACUAUUUUAAAUGUUCGUAUCAACCUUAUUCUAAGUUAAGUGCACAGCGGCUCCGAUAAAACACUCCCAGAUGAUGCAUAAAGAACUUGAUCUUUGACCAACAGGUAUGUUCACGCCCUCUAUCUGGGCGUUCAGAGCCGCUGGCACCGAGACGCAGAGCGCCGUCACUACUACUGGCGCAUGAUGUUCGAGAGCGCCGACAUCAGCAUGCUGCGUCUGCUGGAGUCCUUCUUGAAGAGCGCCCCUCAGCUGGUGCUCCAGCUCAGCAUCAUGAUCCAAGCCAAACAGGUGCUGCCCCUUCAGGGUAAGUGUCACAAAAUGACCAAUCACCUCAUCUGUCAAUCACUCUUGCGCCGCCCAGGCCGCCAUUCCGAAUCACAUAUAAGAGCAGGGAAAAGUGUAUUUUUGCCGUGUUUAGACAGGUUUCCCCAAAGCUGCUUCAAUCGUGUCUAACUUCUCUCGCUCGUUCUCUCCUCCCCCCUCCCGUGUCCGGCAGGCCUUUCAGCUUCUGCCUCGCUGAUCUCACUCGCCUGGAUGAUCGCCUCCUAUCAGAAAGUACUGAGGGACUCCCGGGAUGAUAAGCUUCCAAUGACCUACAAAGCCGUCAUAAUUCAGAUUCUGUGGCACCUCUUCACGAUUGGCGCCCGCACUCUGGCCUUCGCCCUGUUUGCCUCUGUGUUCCAACUUUACUUCGGCAUCUUCAUCGUAGCUCACUGGUGCAUCAUGACGUUUUGGAUCAUCCAGGGCGAAACAGACUUCUGCAUGUCCAAAUGGGAGGAGAUCAUCUACAACAUGAUGGUGGGCAUCGUGUAUGUGUUCUGCUGGUUCAGUGUGAGAGAGGGUCGCACUCGCUGCAGGAUGCUCAUCUACAGCCUGACUGUGUUUGUUGAGAAUGUGGCGCUCACCACGGCCUGGUACCUGUACCGCGGCCCUCGUACCUCAGACUUCUACGCCGUCAUCAUGGUGUGUGUGGUGGCCAGCAGCUACGCUCUGGGCACCUUCUUCAUGUUUGUUUAUUACUGUCUGCUGCACCCUGACGGCCCCAUCUCAGGGUGGGGCUACAUAGUAGAGAAGGAGGUGCCUGUGGAGGCUCUGGUCUCCCCAGCUUCCAGCCUCCCCCCUGAUGUGGUAAGCAGCCCCCCCAGGACCCUUCAGAGAACUAAAGGGUCUGAAAGAGAGCAGGGUCCGGGGGUGGAUGGGGAUGUAUUUCAGGUGCGGCCCACUCGGGGAGCUCAAGCCCCAGUUAAAAAUCUGACACCCAGGACUGAGGGGCCGGUCAUUCGGAUAGACCUACCCAGGAAGAAAUACCCCGCCUGGGAUGCUCACUUCAUCGACCGCCGGCUGCGUAAAACCAUCCUGGUGCUUGAAAGCGCCGCCCCGGUCACGCCAAGGAUUCAGUAUCGCUGUCUGGGCACACCCAAAGAAGUGAUGGAGUACGAGACCACUGUGUGAUAAGCUGACGGUGCUGUGACUCAGCUCCUCACCGUGUGGACACCCUGCCUGAAAUAAAACGGGCAGGUGUGAGACUCCCACCCAGCUGUCUGUUUCAGCUCCACGCCCACUUGAUUGCUCUCAGUACUCAGAGGCAGUGGGGACAAACAGGCGGAGAGAGGGACAGAGCGUUGCGUCUUUAUUUUUUACAAAAGGCAAAGUGCUGUGAUGUUGUCUAAUGAUGGUGCAUAUUUUGGGUUCUGUAUCAUUUCUCAGGUCAGAUUGUGGUACAGGAGGAGGUCGAUGUUGGCGGCGAAGCUCGCUGCUGAGUGGAUUUAGAGAGAAGCACAGAAAGGCAGACUGGUAGGGCUGCACGGUUACCAAUCAGAGGCACAAAGUCCUCCUCAGUUAAGGUGCUUCAGCACAAACAUCUCAAGGCGGUCAGCCACAGAGACGAGCCCUCAACAUGCAUGACUACUUAUGGCAGCUAGAAUCAACACAUCCUCCAACAAGGUGUAGUAUAGUCAUCAGCUUUUAAAGAUCUCACUCUCAUUAAACACAUCUACAAUAAAAACAGCACAGGUACCGAGGAUCACAAUCAUAACUCUCCAUAGUUAUUCACUCAUGUCGACGGAGUCUCUGAGAAUGCUGCUUCAGGUCUAAAUGGUGGUUCAAAAGCAACAUUUGAGUUGAAUGUAAAAACAGUUGAAAAUGUGAUUAUUUGUGACGAGGCUUCAAGCAUUUUCACCCAGUUAGUGGGAUUUAUGACAUUCCUGUGCUACUCUUCUUUUUUAGGUAAGCUAGAACAAAAGAAAAAAAAAGAGAUUUGUGUGUGUUUACAAGCAGUCUGUUGUUAUUGGGGAUAUGCCAUCGUUGUUCAAACAGAUACACCUUCAUCAGAAUGUGUACGUACUGAAAUAGCUACAUAAUGAUUUACAUUUUUAGGAUGAUAGGACUCGAAACAAUCGUAUUUUCAUACCGCAUCCAUCGUUCACAGUAAGUGAAUUAGGGCAGACUUUAACUUUCAUGUAAAUUUAACUGUACAAUUAAGAGGAAUUUACAAAGGACAGCAUUGUCUGUAAUUGUACUGUGUCCAUACAAUGUUGUCUGAAAAAUGUAAAGAUAUAAAGGAUUAACAGCAGACUCCAGACUCCAAACAGGAUAGCUUUGACAUUUUCGAUGGUUCAGGCGUGUGUGUGUACGUUAAGACAGGUCUUUUACUUUCUUCUCAUUUUUUCAAAAUCCCUUUAAAAAGAAAACUUUAAAUCUCUGUGAAGAGUUUGUGUAUGUACAAAAAUGAUUAAUGCCUCUUUUUGACCCACAAAGGAAACAAGACCGGCUUAUUCUGAAAUAUUUACUUCUGUGAGGGGGGAAGGUGUCAUCUCUGACAGCAUGCUGAAGAAACAGCCUUUUUCCACUGCAAAAAUCCAGAGUUAGUUUAACCGAGGGAGAAUUUUUGUUGUUGUCAAGAAACAUGUAUGACACAUGCAAAAGCUGUCAAAGGAGGGCACCACUGUCAACAAAAACUGAGAGUUCCUUACAGGAGCUUUAUCGCUGCACAAAUCUGGGAAUAUCAAUUGAAAUUAAAAGAAUAAAAUCCACUUUAAUUCUUGAUUCACUGAUAAACAUAUCUAUUUAAACCUGAGAAUCAAUUUAUUUCUUUUAUACUUUUUUUUGUAAAUUUUAUACCUCGUACACGUUGAAUUGCUUUAUAUGUGCUUUAGAAAGACAUACACACGAAGAUACACUGAUCAAUCACUGAAUGAGUAUUUAUUUGGUGGUUUACAAACUGAACGGUGUCUGUAUUUGGAGUGUAAUCAGAGUGAAAUCCUGUAAAAUGAAGAGACCUGUAAAAUUUAGUGUUACCAUACUUUCUUUGAUCAGGGUUGUAUUUUCUAUAGAAGACUCUCAAAAGGGAAAUUUCUAGACUGUGUGUGUCUGUGUAUGUUUGUGUGUGAACUCUCACACUCUAGCAUGUGUAUGGGUGUGUGUGUGUGUUUUUGGAGGAGGGGUGAGUCCUACCAUGUGCAUUGAAAUGAUUUUGACCUUGUGUCACUGAGGUCUGACAGUUUUGUUGUAAACACUGUCCAGUCUGUUUGUUUUUGUUUUUUUUAAUUUAUCCAGAUGACACUGAAACAAAAAGACGGCCCACGGAGCACCUUUACCACACAGAGCCAUAAAGGCUUCAGCUAUGGUGCUAAUGGUUUGAAUCCACCACAUAACAACCACACAGUGUACCAUGAAAUGGGCGUGUCGUGGCGAGGAACUGGGUGAGGCUGUACCUCAAACACAAAGCUAGAAUCAAAAAGCCUUAAACUGGUCAUACCAGACUGUUGUUGUUGUUCAGAGGAAGAAAAGAAGGAUUAAUGUGAAGGUGAAGACAAUUUCAUUAUGUUGUUGUUGCUAAAAUAAAGAGCAAUGUGUUUACCUGA